AUGAGUUGUGAACAACAUCAUCAGCAUCAACGGCAUUCACAUCAUCACCAACAUCAAAAUUACCAUAGGCAACAGUAUCAGGCACAGCAACAACAGCAACAGAAACAUCAAUGUAACCAAUACCUAUAUCAACAACAACAAUAUUGUUACUCACAUCAACCGCAUCACCAAUAUCAGCUAUGGUUCAUCAUAUCUGUGAUAUUGUUCUUAAUAGCAAAGUACUUCAACAUUUAUCUUUUUCUUCUUGCAGACAUAUCCAACUCACUCACAAUGACCGAAGUGAAAAUACCCAAUCACAUAAUGCGUUUCAAGACCGCCGUACUCGGUUGUCGCUACAAUCUGGAUGGAGAGGCGUUGUACUCAGUGAAGUGGUACAAGGAUGGGCAUGAGUUUUACCGUUAUGUACCGCGCGACAAACCACCAGGGCAAGCCUUUCCAUUGCCCGGCGUCAAUGUAGAUGUUCGCAAUUCAUCAGACACAAAAGUUACGCUACGUCGCGUCACACUGAUGUCGACUGGACUCUAUAAAUGCGAAGUUUCCGGCGAAGCACCAGCAUUCAACACAGUUUCCGAAUCCGAGACGAUGACCGUUGUCAUGACACCCAACCAUGGCCCGAAGAUCACCGGCGGCCAACCGCGCUAUCAAAUAGGCGACGUUGUACGUUUGAACUGCACAUCGGCACCAUCUAAACCUGUCUGUCAUCUCAGUUGGCUUAUCAAUGGCGAACCGGCAAAUCGUUCAUAUCUGAGACCCUACGAGAAGGCCAUUGUGGGGCGCGAGGGACUCGAAAUUGCGCGACUGGGCUUAGAGUUUCGCGUAAGAAGUAGCCAUUUUCGGCAUGGCGAUAUGAAAUUGAAGUGUGUAGCCAAGAUUUCCUCAUUGUACUGGCAAAGUAAUGAAGCUAGCGUGGAGAGUGACCGACAACAACGUGCGCCAGCGUUGGAGUCGCGCGAAACUGUUGCUGCCAAAUCGCGUGCACAUGGUUCCUCCUCGGCAAAGCCACACUCCCGUACAACAUUACAACAAUUGCAUUUGGUAACCCUGUUCAGCUUAUUGGCGGCAUUUAGUAACAUUAGUUACAGUCUAACUAUAAGAUAACUAAUUUAAAUGUUUUUUCGUGCCACAUUCUGAAAAUGAAGGCAACAUCUAAAAUGAAAACGAGAAGAAAAUGUUGUCACCGACAACGGAAAACACAUAUUAAAAAGGACACAUAUCCUAUGCCAAAUUAAAAAUCCUGCAUUUAGUUUUUAGACUUAGAUUUAUGCAUAAAAUAAGCAAAAUAUGGAAAUAUGAUUUGUAAAUAUACAGACAUAAACUUAAAGAAAAUUUACACAUAAUAAUUUAGUAAUUAGUUUAUGAAUAGAAAAUUAUUUAUACAUAUAAUUUAGCAAAGAAAAGUAAAAAGUAAAAAAAAAAUAUAAAAAAAAUAUUUGUUAAAUAUAUGUAGAUUUACGAUAUUUGUACACAAAAAAAGUAUAAAUUUUUUCUCAUUAUGAAAUUUUUAAAAUAAUGUGAAGAAACUGUAGUAGCUUAAAUUUAAGUAAUUAUAAUCAAAUAAGUUGAAAACAAUGGCACAGAAACUCAAAUAACAGUUGCAUAGCUGGCAAACUCAAAACCAAAAACAAAAAACAGACAGAAACGAAAAAAAAAAAAACAAAAAGAAGAGAAAAAUAACAACAAACAAAAAGAAAAAUCAAUGUUUAUUGACUAACAAGAACUAUAAUGUUAAAACUUAAGUCCAAUUUAUAGUUCUAAACCUCAAUAGAGUAUCUAAAGAUUAAGCAAAAGCGGUGAAAAUGGCGAUUAAUCUUAAUUUAAAAACAAAAAAAAAACAAGUUCAACGAUGUGUGCACUACCCUACCAAAGUAUGUAAAUUCAAUACUGCGGCAUAAAAGUCAAGCUUAUGAAUCAGUUCCACUCCUCUUGUCAAAAUAUGGGCCAUAGGAAACCUUCGAAUGCAUUUCUACCCUAAAAGUAUAGAGUGGGCCAUGUAAAAUUUGCUUUUUGAAUCGGCUAUAAAAAAAAAACUAAUCAUAAUUUUUUCAAACUUUUAUUUUUAUUUUGAGGACUGAACAUUGUCAUUUAUGAAUGAAAAAUAAUUUGUUCAAAUGACUGCCACGACUGGCUUUACAGUAGGCCAUUCGAUCAACCCAAUUUUUAAGCACAUUUUCGAUUGUUUGGGCUCCAAUUUCAUGAAUGGCAACUUCGAUUUCGUGUUUUAAAGCAUCAAUCGUCUCUGGAUGGUUCAAAUAGCAUUUGUUCUUAACGGCUCCCCACAAAAAAUAGUCCAACGGGCUUAAAUCACAGCUCCGAGGCGGCCAAUUGAUAUCGGAAUUUCAACUGAUUAUUCGGUGUUCAAAAACGGUAGCCAAAAGUUCGAGUGUGACUUUGGCAGUGUGACAAGUUGCACCGUCCUGUUGAAACCAAAUGUCGUCCAUGUCAUCCUCUUCAAUUUUUGGAAACAACUCGUUGAGCAUGUCACGGUAACGCUCGCCAUUUACUGUAACCGCGGAAGAGGAAGAAAACUCACCACUUUAGAAAUAGGUUUUCAGGUUCUCAUUUCGAAAAUGUCAAAGCUUUAAGUAAAUUAUGAACACAUUUGACAUGUCAUUUGUGUUACCAUAUGGCCCACCCUGUAGUUUUCAUUAGAACUCAGCUGUCAUUCUGAGGCGGCCUUAAACUGUAGGUCUCUCCAUUUGAACGAAACAACAUCGAGACGCACAAUACAAAUUGGAAGAAAUCUCGGCCGCUAUUGCGAAUAUCGCUCGCAGAAAAUAGACACUUCCAGAUUGAGUCGUUUCUAUUUUAUUUUUGAAUUGUGUAACUUGAUCACCAAAAAUGUACUCUAUUGUGAAUGGUCAUCUGAUUUGUAAGUAGCUGUGCGACUUUGUUAACAUUAUUACGGAAUUUAAUUUACUAUUUAUACUUUGAGAUAAAUAUUUUUUAACAAAAACCAAAUAAAUGGAUAAAUGGAUAGUAUUGAGCAGGCAUCACAAUUAAAUUACUCUGCCAAGCUUCCUGCUCACCAGUGUUUUUUCACAAUUCAUCUUCCGAGUCGUUGAUUCCAAUAUCAUUUCCUGAUGAUCGACGCAAACACAUCUUUUUAAGAAGCUCACUACGCCUUCUUCUAGAGAUGUUAGAACAUGCAAAACGUUUGAGCGCCCAGCAGUUGCACGAAGCACGGCUCGGUCUUGAGCCAAUUUCUUCUUGGCCUUGCUUUUGAAAUCUGCCCAAACCUACGUCCAAAAUUCCUUAGUAUUUUAGUUAUUAAAUCACAAUUAGAAUAUUUUACAUUAAACCACUCACUGGUGGUCCCAAGCUAUUUAGCUCUGCCGCUAUAGAUUCCCACUUUGGCUUUGCGCACUAAGAAAUUGUUGUAGAACAAUAAGCGAUUAAAACCUGUUCACAGUCGCUGAUUUAUCGAGCGAUCGAGACUUAGAAAUGCAUUGAUAAUCGAUAAUCGCUCAAUAGACGUCAAAUGCUAUCCGCAAUAGGAGUGCAAAUAUCUGUUCAAAAUGUUGUUGUAUACGCCGUACUGUCAAUAUUAGCAAGCCACUAAGAAGCCACAUUUUUUUAGCACGCAAACUUCAAUCUUUUGUUUGCUUGCUGCCGGCAUUAUAUGCUUUCUUUCGAACAUAAAAAAAAUCUAAGCCAUUCAUUG